AUGAAUCGUUCCAAUAGGCCAAGCAGCUUUACCACGUAUCUCACGUUGUACCCGAGCAAGCUCGCCGUCAACACAAUUACUUCAAAUUUGCUGUGGCUUUAUUUGGUAACGAGCAUUUGUGGUGUAGAGGAGACUGGACUUACGUCAGGGGAUGAUUUCUUCUUGGUGGAAGAAAUUAAGGCGUUGUUGAGCGCAGUUUUUUCCAAGCUGACGCGAGUAGAUCUGAACGAAGAGAUACCCGGCCUGACGUCGUUUCUGGACUUUUUUUCAAAUUUUGUGGAUCAUUUCAUGGGUGUCUCCUACGGCGAUGAGUUGUUCCAAAACUUCGUGUUGAUGCCCAUGCAGAGGCAGCAAAAUGUCGAAUACCGACGGUUGGUUUGGGGCGAAAAAAGCGCCGCGUUGCGUGUUCUGACGUUACGAACGACUCCGUUCAUGAGUAAUUUGUUGGGAGAGCGAGAAGUUGACGAUGAGAUGUUGAAACUAUAUCGCCAUGCCCUGCAAAGUGGCGUGGUUAGAGCUGAUCGUCAACCAGUGCUGUACAAAAUAGCCGUCCACCACCUUGAUUUGGAGUCUCGAGAUGGUAAAAUUGAUCAAUGAUCGCGUCAUCCGUAACAUUGCUUCAAUGAGAUUUUUUAAAUGAUUUUGUUUAAUCCGUGGAUUACAGUUCCAGGUUUUUGAGACGGCAUUAUGCUAA